CAAUAUUUAAAUCGGCAUCGUCAUCCGGCAAAGUGGCCACCACCUUACCGAGUCGACCCGACCUGCUUACAUAACCCUGGCGGCCAAUCUCAAAAUACCGCAAAAGCUCAGUCCUCUCUUCCCGUAACUUCAAAAGCACCUCCCCUUUUGCGCAACCUUGCCAUCCUCCCUCCAGGUCAUUUUCCGUGGAGGCUUUAUUUGUUAUCUUGAAUAAUCCUUUCUUUAAUUCCGACAAUCGCAAUGUUCCGCGCUGUUCUGCCCCGUGCUGCGCCGCGGGCAAGCCUCCGCGCUUGCGGCCCUAAGGCUGUCCCUUCUACCUUCAUCGCCACUCCUAUGCUCUUUGUUGGCGGCUCAAAACGUGGCUACGCCGCUGAGUCUGGGGACCACGAUCUCGUUAUCAUCGGUGGUGGUGUUGCCGGUUACGUUGCUGCCAUUAAGGCUGGCCAGGAGGGUUUGAAGACUGUUUGUAUCGAGAAGCGCGGAAAGCUCGGUGGUACUUGCCUGAACGUUGGCUGUAUCCCCUCCAAGUCCCUCCUCAACAACUCCCACCUUUACCACCAGAUCCUCCACGACACCAAGAAGCGCGGUAUCGAGGUUGGCGAUGUCAAGCUCAACCUCACUCAGAUGCUCAAGGCCAAGGAAACCUCCGUUGAGGGCCUGACCAAGGGUGUUGAGUUCUUGCUGAAGAAGAACGGCGUCGACUACGUCAAGGGAGCCGGCUCCUUCGUUGAUGCCAACACCAUCAAGGUCGAUUUGCUCGAUGGUGGUGAGCAGACCAUCCGCGGCAAGAACAUCCUUAUUGCCACCGGUUCCGAGGCCUCUCCCUUCCCCGGCCUGAACAUUGAUGAGAAGCGCAUCAUUACCAGCACUGGUGCUCUUGAGCUCCAGGAGGUUCCCAAGAAGAUGGUUGUCAUCGGUGGUGGUAUCAUUGGUCUCGAGAUGGCUUCCGUCUGGUCCCGUCUCGGUGCUGAGGUUACCGUUGUUGAGUUCCUUGGCCAGAUCGGUGGCCCCGGUAUGGACGCUGAGAUCGCCAAGCAGGCCCAGAAGAUCCUCGGCAAGCAGGGCAUCAAGUUCAAGACCAACACCAAGGUUACCAAGGGUGAUGACAGCGGUGCUACCGUCAGCCUGAGCCUUGAGGCUUCCAAGGGUGGCAAGGAGGAGACCCUCGAUGCGGAUGUUGUCCUCGUCGCCAUUGGUCGUCGCCCCUACACCGAGGGUCUUAACAUCGAGAACGUUGGUAUCGACAAGGAUGACCGUGGCCGUCUCGUCAUCGACCAGGAGUUCCGCACCAAGGUUCCUCACAUCCGUGUCGUUGGUGACGUGACUUUCGGCCCCAUGCUGGCCCACAAGGCCGAGGAGGAGGCCGUCGCUGUCGUCGAGUACAUCAAGAAGGGCCACGGCCACGUUAACUACGCCGCCAUCCCCUCCGUUAUGUACACCCACCCCGAGGUCGCCUGGGUCGGCCAGAACGAGGGUGAGGUCAAGGCCUCCGGUGUCAAGUACAACGUCGGCACUUUCCCCUUCAGCGCCAACUCCCGUGCCAAGACCAACCUCGACACCGAGGGUGUUGUCAAGUUCAUCGCUGAUGCCGAGACUGACCGCAUUCUGGGUGUCCACAUCAUUGGACCCGGUGCCGGCGAGAUGAUCGCCGAGGCCACCCUUGCUAUCGAGUACGGUGCUUCCAGCGAGGACAUCGCCCGCACAUGUCACGCUCACCCCACUCUCUCUGAGGCCUUCAAGGAGGCUGCUAUGGCCACCUACUCCAAGCCUAUCCACUUCUAGACGCGAUGCGGUACCUUGAUAUCCUCUGAACCCAUGUACUACUUUUUUCGUCCCUUAGUCUAGCUCGGCUAGCAAACUACAUGUAGCAUUUCAUGUAAUCAUUUCUUAUGUUUCUUGUUUUUUCUUCUAAACAAAAUAUAGAAUUCUUCCAGCGGA